GUGGGGCGGGCGGACGGGAGCUGAGUCCUCCUCCUCCUCGCCGCCGCCGCCGCGCCUCCGGCUCCCGGUGGGGCGCGUGGAGAGAGGGGGAAACCAGGUCACCAGCGCCGAGACAGACAAACCGGCUGGGGAAGGCAGUGGGGCUGGGGCGGACUCAGGUGGGGAGAAGGAAGCGAAGGAGCAGAGGGCCGAGGAGGCGGCAGGACUUCCCCCAUCGGCGGCGUCAGCAGCAGCGCGCCUUCGACGGGCAGAAGCCCCAGCCGGGGCAGGACGCGCAGGCAGGAGGAGACCCGCGACGGCAGCGCUGCCGGAUUUGCUCGCGAUGCUAAGAACAGAAGACCUGUGAUCCCUGUAUCUGCGCAUAUAUUUCAAAACAGAUAUGGUUUCUGUCAUCCUCCUGCUCAAUCUCGUCUCUCAUUUAUGGGCUCGUUCUAAGCAUGCAAGAGAUCCCGGUACUUCAGCUUUCUGCUCAAAGUGAUAACUGGUGAAAAAGAGAAAUGAGAAUGACUACCUUUUGCUGAUUCCCAGCAGCAUGUCAGAACGGCAAUCUUUUGAAGUAACCACUCCCAAAAUAUCUCAAGUGGAUUGACUGCCUACCUGCCUACAUGGAUCAUAUAUUAGGGUACAUACCCAGUUACUUAGACAAGGACGAGCUAUGUGUUGUUUGUGGUGACAAAGCUACGGGGUAUCACUAUCGCUGCAUUACUUGUGAAGGUUGCAAGGGUUUUUUCCGAAGAACUAUUCAGAAAAACCUUCAUCCAGCUUACUCCUGUAAAUAUGAAGGAAAAUGUGUGAUAGACAAAGUCACAAGAAACCAGUGCCAGGAAUGUCGCUUCAAGAAAUGCAUCUACGUUGGCAUGGCAACAGAUUUGGUGUUGGAUGACAGCAAGCGACUAGCAAAAAGAAAACUGAUAGAGGAGAAUCGAGAGAAGAGACGCCGGGAAGAGUUACAGAAAACCAUUGGGAUGAAACCUGAGCCAACAGAUGAAGAGUGGGAGCUUAUCAAAAUUGUUACGGAAGCACAUGUCGCCACCAAUGCACAAGGAAGCCAUUGGAAACAGAAAAGGAAAUUUCUGCCAGAGGAUAUUGGACAAGCACCAAUAGUAAAUGCCCCAGAAGGCGGGAAAGUAGAUUUAGAAGCCUUCAGCCAGUUUACAAAAAUUAUCACACCAGCAAUCACAAGAGUGGUGGAUUUUGCCAAAAAGUUGCCUAUGUUCUGUGAGCUGCCAUGUGAAGACCAGAUCAUCCUUCUGAAAGGUUGUUGCAUGGAGAUUAUGUCCCUCAGAGCAGCAGUUCGCUAUGACCCUGAGAGCGAGACUUUGACCCUGAAUGGGGAGAUGGCGGUGACCAGGGGCCAGCUGAAAAAUGGGGGUCUUGGAGUUGUAUCGGAUGCCAUUUUUGACCUGGGCAUGUCAUUGUCAUCAUUCAACCUUGAUGACACAGAAGUCGCCCUCCUACAGGCGGUACUGCUGAUGUCUUCAGAUCGUCCGGGUCUUGUCAGCGUCGAGAGAAUAGAAAAGUGCCAAGAGGGCUUCCUCCUGGCAUUUGAACACUACAUUAAUUACAGAAAGCAUCACAUUGCACACUUUUGGCCAAAACUGCUGAUGAAAGUGACGGACCUACGAAUGAUUGGCGCCUGUCAUGCUAGCCGCUUCCUGCACAUGAAGGUGGAAUGCCCAACAGAACUCUUUCCCCCUUUGUUCCUGGAAGUUUUUGAGGAUUAAAAAGACUGGAGAGGUUCUCGAAAAUCCUAUAGCACUACUGGGUGUCUGUCAUUUCAUUCCAUUGCCUAGUAUUAUUAUUUUUUCCUAUCUCUCUUUUUUGUCCAUUUCCAUUUUGUUCCACCUUGUUUUUCGUUUGGAGGAUUAUUUUUGAUAGGCACGAUUGAUGAUCUCCCUUCAAUGCGGGUACUUGUGACAAUUGCAUUUGUGUGUUUGUGGGUGUGGGUGUGUGUCCUUUUGAUGUGAAUCCUUUGAAAGUUUGACAUUGGGAAUACAAAUGAAUCCGUUUCAUUCACCAGCAUUCAGGUGCUCAUAAGCUCACACUCAUCACUGCUUGGAGAGAGGUGGGAAAAUAAGCUGAACUAGUAGGGAAACAAAUACUCAGAUCUUUAUAUUUUUAAAUUCUGCCAUAUUUUGUACAGUAUUAUCUCACUUUCAGGACACGAGGUAUUUGCUACAAUCUAGCAAGUGUUAGGCUCACCUAAGUACCAGCUGAAAUCGAUAGGACGUAACCAUGCCUAACUUUCACCUGAUUGCAACCAUGGUUUUUAGUAGUUCUUAAGAGAGUGCGUCUUAAUUUAGCCAAAGACUUCCAUAAUUGCCAUCAUUGCUUUGCGAUCAGAAUGGGUAUCUUACAAGUAAAUAAAUAAAACCUUUUGUA